AUGAUCCAUUUCAUAUUGCUGUUCAGUCGACAAGGGAAAUUAAGGCUGCAGAAAUGGUAUACCACACUCCCUGAUAAAGAGAGAAAAAAGAUCACCCGAGAAAUCGUACAGAUGAUUCUAUCUUGUGGUCAAAGGAAAAGCAGUUUUGUUGACUGGAAGGAUCUAAAACUUGUUUAUAAAAGAUAUGCCAGCUUAUAUUUUUGUUGUGCGGUAGAAAAUCAGGACAAUGAAUUGUUGAUGCUGGAGAUUGUACAUCAUUACGUGGAAUUACUAGACAAGUAUUUUGGAAAUGUCUGUGAGCUGGAUAUUAUAUUUAAUUUUGAAAAGGCUUAUUUUAUCCUUGAUGAGUUUAUAAUUGGUGGAGAAAUCCAGGAAACCUCAAAGAAAACGGCUGUCAAGGCUAUAGAAGACUCCGAUAUGUUACAGGAGACAAUGGAAGAAUACAUGAGCAAGCCUGCAUUUUAA